AUGUCUCCGCAAGCAGCAGCCAAAGCUGUUGGCCGCGUCAUUCCCGUCAGCAAGAAAUACACAUUACAGUCAACCGGAGUCUGGGAGGUUAUCCGCCGUUUCUUCGCCGUCGACCCCUCCCGCAGUAAUGGCAUCCCCCUCAACCCGGAAUUCCGCAACCCACCUCCAGGAUCCAACCCUCCACACUCCUUCGCCGACCCCGUUACCAUUCCCGCGGGGGACAUCGCCGGUAAUCCCUACUGGAAGCGUGAUUCAAGACGCGCAUACCCAGUUCUGUCGACCGUUACCCAAGGGGAUGCGGUGGGGCUGUUGAGUGUUGGGAGUGAGGCGGCGCCGAAAAAGGAAUUGAUUGGAGAGGCUGGUAGCAAGGAGUUGCUGAGUGUCAAGGAGGAGGGCCAGACAGGCCUAGCGAGCUAUUUUGAUAAGGGAGGCAAGCAGAGUGUUUUGGGUGCCCUAGGAAAGGAUGGUUUGCCGCCUUUGCCUAGUGGGCUAAGUUUGAAGGCUGGGGCUGAUAAGUAUGUGUUGACUAAGGAGAAUGCGUAUCCCGAAAAAUAUCCGUGUCGGACGUUCCAAUAG